UAUUUAAAGAACUCUGUACGUUCGAGCUAUUCGAGAUAUUUUAAAAAAAUCACACAAUCAUGAUUUCAUGUUGUUAUAAAGUGAUUUUGUUUUUCUUAUGUCUUAUGAUUACUGAGACUUGGUCAUUUUGGAAUACCUCAUCAAAAGUAGAUUGUAGUGUGACGCCAUGGUCUCCGUGGAGUUCAGUGAACGGACAGCAGACGAGAAUGAGGCGAAUAAUGCGUCAUUCUCAAAAUGGCGGAGAGCCAUGUCCGUCAGUUUCGGAGACAAAAGAUCCAAAUUCGGAUUGUACAGUUUCAUCUUGGUCGACGUGGAGUGCAGUCUUUGGGUUUGGACAACAAUCACGUGUCAGAACUGUUAUAACACAACCUACUGGAACCGGAAAGCAGUGCCCAGUUCUUGAAGAAAUCAGAUACACUGGUAAAAUACCAAGUGUUAAUGUGACAGCAAAAAAUGUUCAAAACUUCUUUGCCCGACCAAGCGGAAAAGUUUUAAGUCAAACAAUAAAAUCAUCUCAAAUUCAGAGUCAGGAUUUAUCAAGAGAUUUAGUGAUCAUUAUGGACAGUUCUGGUAGCAUUGGUAGCAAUGGGUUCCAAGUGGCAAAAGAGCAAACUGCCAAACUUAUGGGUCUAUUAUGUCCUACCGCCCCGUUUGAUAAGAUUGCCGGGUCCCCCUAUCAAUAUAACCAAGCCGCCAUGUUGACAUAUUCAACGAAUGUGGUUGAAAACUUUGAUUUCAAUAGAUACAGUACCACUGUCAAUAUUCAGAAUGCCAUCAAACGUGUCAGAUAUGCAGGAGGGGGUACAAGUACCAACAAAGCGUUUGAUCAAGCAAGGGGCCUUUUUCAGCCGAACAAAGGUGUAAGAGAUGCAGCACGUGCUAAACGCGAGGUACUUAUUCUGACUGACGGAAGAUCAAACAGUCAAUCACAAACUCUGGCUGCGGUUAGAAAACUUAAAUUAGAGGCGGAUGUAUACGGUCUAAUGAUAGGAAGCUUUUCAACCAGUGGAAUGAAUGAACUCACACAAUACGUCUCUUCACCAAUUAACGAACAUUUGUUUUGCAUUGAGAAUUUCCAACAACUGAAAGAUUUAUUAGCACUCAUUGAAGACACAAAGAAGAAAGCCGGUGUAGAUUGGUGUGCACCUUUUAAUUAGUAGAAUACGAUGACAUUUAUAGCAUCUCGCCUUAUUCUAAUAGAUUUAUUCUAAUAUUCAUGAAAUGUUUGAGGUCAUCCAAUGAGUGUAGGUUCAAUACAGAAUUCAUUGAACAAGUUAAAUGAAAUUAUAUAAAUCAUUCAAUGUACCUACACGAAUAUUAUAUUCUUUCAAGCGUACAUGUAUAUCUUUUAGAAGAUCUGUUUAAACUGUUUAUAUAUUUUUUGCAUCGACGCGCGUAUAGUGUAAGGGAGUUGUUAAAGUUGCACGGAAUAGUAAAAAAAUUUUUUUUUAAUGUCAAGUUAACACAUAAAGUAAUUGAAUUAAUUUGUGACUGUUAUUAGAGCAUCCGCUUCCACCUUUCUUUGACACUGUGUCCUCUUUCGUUUUUAGUGUGUUCCGCGCUGGAUACCCUUCCAGUGUGGCUAGGUUAUGAUGGCGCUGCGUUCUUUGAACGCCGCCAGGCUAUGUGGAUCCUUAUUUACAUUUUUAGGCAUUUAUAUAUUUCUCAAUUUAUAAUUACUUUUUGUUUUUAAACUUUGAUCGUUCAUGAGAUGAUUUGCAAUUUUAUUAUGAAAAAAAAAAUAGUUAAAA